AUGGCAUCGGAAGCUCGGCCACCGUAUGCUAGUGCGAUAGCGCAACAUCAACUGCCCAGAACUGGACUGCAUCAAAAUUGUAUGGCAGCGCAGCCUGGACCAUCCCAAUUCGAUAUGGCACCGAUGCCUGCACCAUUUGGAAACAACGUGAUACCAGCGCCUGAACCACCUGCAGUCAAUUUGGCACCAGUGCCGGGACAAUUUGGAGUUGGCAUAUCUGCACUGCCUGGCCUAUCUGUGUUCGACAUACCACCGAUAUUCAGAUUACGUGAAUUCGUCAGCAUGACACCGAUGCGUGAAGCGCCUGAACCGCCGGCGCAGAUCCCAGCAGCAACGAUACCAAAGGAUAGGCAGUCCGUCGAUGAUAGGGUAUGUCAACCAACUACAUCUAACAUGGCAUCGUUGCCUGGGCCAUCCUGGAUGGAUAUGGUACCGAUACACGCACUACUUGGAUUUGAUAUGCGAUCGAUGCCGGGAGCAUGCAGAUUUGAUGUGCCAGCACAACCAAGGCCAUCAGAAGUCGGUAUGCCAUCAAUGCUUGGAAGAUCUAGAACAGACAUGGAACAGAAUCCUGGACAACCUAAAGUCUGCAGCGAGUUGACACCAAGUCCAUAUAGAGUUUCGAUUCCCGGGUCAUCUUGCAUCAAUACGGAAUCAGUGUUCGAACCACCAGGAGUUAACAUGGCACCAGUGCAUGGAUCAUACCGAGCGGCAAGUUCAUCUGGAAUUAAUGUACCACCAGCGUCUAUCCUAUAUGGAACAGAUACACCGUUUAUGCCUGUAUCACUACCGGCAUCCUCCUGCAGUAACGAAGAACCGACAUCUACAGCAAAAUACCAACGACCGACAUUUCAUUUGUUUCGGUUUUUACCACGUAGACUGUACAUGGAAAGAAUUCUUGAAAUAAUUGGUCCACUAAAAAAAUCCAGAACACAGCCGAAAGCAAACUUUAGAUGUUGGUAUUGCGGCAAGCAGUAUGUGUCACAUGAUGAUUCCGAAACGCAUCUUUUCAGUACGCAUUCCGACGAGCUUUUCCCGAAGAACGUCUCCAAACAAUUACAGCACGGUGACAAUGCGCGAGAUUAG